CGUCGUCAUCCAUUCCUCCUCUUGAGGUGAGAAUCACAGGGUCAACUCGAGGAAUCAAAGUCUUAUCCUUCCACUUCCCAGGUUUGGAUUCCGUCCAUGGCGUCCCAGGAUCACCACCACGGCGGCCACUCCCACGACGACGACCAUCAUCACCACCACCAUCAUCACGGGGAUGCCGCCGCCGCGGCCGCCGGGAAGGUGGCGGGCUCGUGGGUCGGCGAGGACGGGCGCGUGUGGCACUCCCACGACGGCCUGGCGCCGCACUCCCACGAGCCCAUCUACUCCGCCGGAGACUUCUCCAAGCGCGCGCCGCCGCUCGACUCCCGCAGCUUCGCCGACCGCGCCUUCACCGUCGGCAUCGGCGGCCCCGUCGGCACCGGGAAGACUGCCCUGAUGUUAGCACUCUGCACUUGCCUCCGUGACAAAUAUAGUCUUGCAGCGGUUACAAAUGAUAUAUUCACAAAAGAGGAUGGAGAAUUCUUGGUCAAGCAUGGAGCUCUUCCUGAAGAGCGUAUACGUGCCGUUGAAACUGGAGGCUGCCCUCAUGCAGCUAUACGGGAGGACAUCAGCAUAAAUCUGGGCCCUCUGGAGGAGCUAUCCAACUUGUACAAGGCGGAUUUGCUGCUCUGUGAAUCUGGAGGAGAUAACCUGGCUGCGAACUUCAGCAGGGAGCUAGCAGACUAUAUAAUCUACAUCAUCGACGUGUCUGGCGGGGACAAGAUACCAAGGAAAGGUGGCCCUGGUAUAACCCAGGCAGAUCUUCUGGUCAUAAACAAGACGGACCUCGCCUCCGCGGUUGGAGCCGACCUAGCCGUGAUGGAACGAGACGCCCUUCGAAUGCGGGAAGGAGGGCCCUUCGUCUUUGCCCAGGUGAAACACGGGGUUGGCGUGGAGGAGAUCGUGGACCACGUGCUACGGGCCUGGGAGAUCGCGACCGGCAACCGGCGCCGAUAGAGGCUCCAUCAUGUGCCACUUAAUUUUCGGUCAUGUGUUCAUGUCGCCCACACGUGUAAAUUGUGGAGCGGGUCUUCCUUUCGCCCCCGAAUAAACCACGCGCCGUUUAGUACCGCAUGCUGAAAAAUAACGGUGUGUGCUUUGCAGCAUUCUGCUGCUACGAACUGAACCCGAAUACAGUGCGGUGAGUUCUUUCUAUGUAACUUGAUCAGAUGCAAGGUUCUUGGUGAGAAUUAAUAAUAAGAAAAAAAAAGAUUAUUUUUGA